UUUAAUAAUCAACUACUAACCAACUUUUCCUUUAAUUAUCAUCUCUUUCACCCCUUAAUCCUUUCCUAAUUGGGUAUGUAAUUUUAAUAAUCUCCCUUUGGAUCUAUUUCUCAGUUUGUAGCUUCAAACACUUUUGCAGCCUUGCAGUAGUUCUGUCUGUGUCUGGAAACAGGAAAAAGAUAUUGUACAGCUGUAAUCCGGUCACUGGCAAGCAGCCUGACACGUGGCAGCCGGUGAACCACUUGCUCUAUCUCCUGUGUAGUUUGUACUCCGUAUAAUGUUUUGGUGAGACCAAUAUCAGUAGUCAUUACUGGGUUAUAUCCCAAGGCUGCAACUUUGCUGCAAACAGUGAAUAUCAGAAUCUCUCCCCUUUUUUUUUUUUCUCUCUCUCAUAGUAACUCCAAUAUUUUGGGUUGAGGAAAAGGUGUUUGUAAUGGAGUUAUGAAGCGAAAGGUUUCCUUGCCUGUAGUAGCUGUAUCUUGUCGACGAUGAGCAAUGGUAACAACGAAGACCUGGAUUUAAGGCUUGCUUUGGGAUAUUCUGAUCAGAACAAUGCGUCGAGAGUGAAGAAUGAAUCGGGUGCAGGUGUAAAUGCGGGUACAACAGUGGGCAUGACAUUUGCAGCAUCUGAUCCCUUAUCUGAGCUAGUUUGGUCCCCUCACAAAGGUUUGAGUCUGAAAUGCACUGGCACUGGCUUAGCUGAUAAAAAGCCUUUUCUUUUGUGGAAUGUGGGGUCUAACAAUGUCACUCACCAUUCACCAUCACAAAGCAAUAUAUUCGAGGAUGAAGGUAAAGAUAUCGGGAAAGGCAAGCUUCUAGUGACCGAGGCGAUGUCUCUGUUAGACAUGGAGGAUGUUCAGAGAAUUCAUCUCGGUAAAUCUUCUUCCAGAAAUGUUCUUGCUCCCAGGCCAAGCUGUGGAAAUGAAAUGGGAAACAGCAGUGGAAGGGAGAGAUUGAACACCGGAGAGGGAUUUGAAAUCGCGGGUACUAAUAAAAUUGCAGAAAAUGUAAGUAAGAAGAGAAAGAAGGAUGCCUCGCCUCCACAGCAUAUUCAAAUCACUGAAAACGACAAAUACAAUAAUGCAGGUCCGGGGGAAGAGAGAGCACCGAAGAAGUCUCUGCAGCAAGUGGCUGAGGAUAAUGGCAGUGGCAAUCAGAUUCUGGGAUUAGGAUUAACGGUGUCCUCUGAAAUUCGUUCUUCGAGAAAGUUGGGACCUCAAGUUGCUCGGUCGCUCAAUUUGGUUUUACCUCAGCAGGAAUCAAAUGAAAAGGCGGCGUCUUUAGGAGAAGAAAGUGGAGGUAAAAGGGAGCACUUGGAAAAGCAGGAAUCCAGUGCUGAAAACGACAAGCAGAACUUGGUUACAAAAGAAGGGAGUGAACAGAAUGAGAAGAGAGUUAUGAGGGAGAACUCGGUGCCACUCGAGACUUCUCUAGCAUUGCGUAGAAGGAAAGGCAAGGAGAAAGUUUACUCCGAUGGUAAUGGCAAUAGCAGGAUGUCGAGUAACGAGGAAGACAGCCACGAGAGCGUGGAUAGCUGUAACAGUAUGAGGAUGUUUCCUCAAGGCAAGAGACAGUUGCAGUUGGAACAGCCAUUGCUUGUUGGGGGCAAAAGGAUCAAGACAGAAAUGCAAGGGCACACUGCCUCGACCUCGAAUGUUGGGAAUGACAGCUCGUUUAUGACUUGGAUAUCGAACAUGGUAAAUGGUUUCUCGAAAACCAAUCGAGAAGAGGCUCCUCUACCCCUUCCCCUCGCUCAUUCUUUACCCGGGAAUGAAAGAAACCGUGGUGAGAUCAUCACAUAUGGCAAAAAUCACGAUGUUGAGAGAAACACCACCGGGUUCCAAACUAUGUUCCACUUGCUUCUUUGCCCGCCUUCAGCAACGCCAGAGCCAAGAGCAUUAAAAGACGAUCCUUCAACAGGAGAAUCUAAAGAAGUUAUCUUGCCCGGGAAUGAUGAGAGCAAGCAUGGUGAGAUUGUCGCGUAUGACAAAAACCACAACUCGGGGAGUGAAAACACAGGCUUCCAAUCUAUGUUUCGUUCACUUUUUCGCCCACCUUCAGUGAUGCCCGAGAAAAGAAUGCUAAAAGAUGACCCUCCAACACGAGAAUCUAAAGAAGUUAUGUUGGCUGAUAAGAUGAUAAUCGAAGCUUCACCAAUUAGCUGCCAUCGGGAGAGUAGUGGAUCGGAUGAACAAAUUUUCGUGUCUAAGAGUGAUAAAGUCAUCACAUCUGCAUUGGCACACAGGGAUGGGAUAUCAACUAAAUUCCCAAUUAAGCCUAUCAGUGUUGGUCCAACAAGGGAUGCUUGCAAAUCCACUUCAACCGAGAAGAAAUCCUCUGGCAAUUCAUCGAGUAGAAAGACAACCGAGGGAGGGAACUCUUCGGGUUCUCUUCGUAAACUCAAAACCAGAAAUGGAAAUAACAACAGUUCCAGUCAUCCUUCUGAAAGCAAAGCAUUCAAUAAAGACUUAUCCAAGACAAGUGUAUCUCAUGGUCAUGGAAACUUGUGGAUUACUCGGUUUUGUGUCAAAGACCAUCCCACUGCCACGAAUUUAGAUGAAUUCAAGGAGAACAGAGAUGAAACAACACAGCGUUCUCCUGAUUGCAAAAGGCCUAAUCCAAAUGCACAAGUUUCUUCUGAAUAUCCCAACAACAACGCAAAGUUUCCUUCCCCAAAAUUGAAGAGCUCAGAGGCAAUGGCGUCCCUGUUUGCAAGGCGAUUGGACGCCAUUAAACAUAUCGUACCUUCAGCACCUCAAAACGAAGUUAUGUGCUCAAGAACAACUUGUUUCUUCUGUGGCAGAAGAGGCCAUGACUUACGUAACUGUUCAGAGGUAACUGAAACCGAGCUGGAGAGUCUUCUAAGAAAUGUCAGUUCAUAUGACGGGACUGAAGAUCUCCAUUCCUUGUGCAUUCGGUGCCUUCAACUCGAUCACUGGGCUAUUACAUGCCCACAAGAAUCCUCGGGCAAGCAACAGAAGCAAGAACAUGGCAAUUCUGUUCUUAAUCGUUACUGCACCAAUAAUCUGCAUAUUCGCCCAGCUGAUGAUGAUGAGAACUACCCUAACUUUCUUGCGAAGGUGCAAGGCAAUCCAAGUAUCCUUUCCAACCAUAUUGGAAAUGGCACCGAUGCAGACAACCUAAUAGCAAAUGGAAAAUGGAUCUCGUUUGAAAGAAUGGUAGAAUCAAUCAAAGUAAAAGAAAAUAUGGCUCCAGAUUUGGUAGAGAAUGUGGUGAACGAAAACAACUUGUUACCUUCACCUUCAUCCACUUUUGGUAGCAAUGACAUUGGAGGCAUACCAAAAGGUGCAUUUGAUGCUAUAAGGAGAAUAAGAGUGUCUCGUGGUACUAUCCUCAAAUGGAUAAACUCCAAGUCGUCGCUGUCACAUUUAGAUGGAUUUUUCUUGCGUUUGAGAAUUGGAAAACACGAAGCUGAGCUAGGCAGAACAGGCUACUACGUUGCACGCAUAGCUGGAACCCAAAAAGAGAAUAAUCCCGCAACUGAUUCUAAGAAAUUCAUCUCUGUAAGCGUUGGUAGUGUCAAAUGCUUUGUUGGGUGCCAGUAUGUGUCCAACCACGACUUUCUCGAGGACGAACUAUUGGCAUGGUGGAGCAGAACUUCAGAAAGCGGGGGAAAGGUUCCCUCAGAAGAUGAAUUGAGGUUAAAACUCGAAGAGAGGACGAAGUUGGGUUUCUAGAAUUCUUUGGAAAAGAUUAUCAUAUCAAUGUAAGUGCAAAGAUUGAGCUUCAUGAACAUAUAUGCAACAUCAAUAGCAUUCUCGAGCAGCAAUAAUAAAAUUAAAAGAAGAAUCUCGCCCGUGUUUUCUUGUCUUUGGCAAGGAUUUUGCAGCAAGAAUUCAUGUUUUCUUCACCUGAUUAAGGCUAAAGCUUUAAUUAAAGAACUGCAUUUUUGGAUCCAAGGCUUUUUUGUUUUUGUUUUGUUUUGGAUUUUGAUUUUCACCUGGAGUUGUAAUGCUGGGUCUAUUCUUUCCAUUGCUUUUGAUACAAUAAAGAGAAAAGAGAGCAAUGGGUUAUUGGAAAUUUUCUUGGUUUAAGAUGAGUGUUGAAUAUGGUGCAUCUGAUCUUUUAAUGAAACAUAUGAAAGGUGUAAUUAUAUGAACAAAUGGUUGUAAGUAUUCAUGAAAGGUUGCAAUUAUUUAAAUGUGAUCUUGAAUUAUGAUUGUA